GACUAAUUCUUGAGUGAUUGGUGUUCCUUGCCCGACCAGCAUUGAAAUCGGAGCCCGUUCUCAGCUGUGGCAACAAAACCAAGAUGUACUAUUUCCUUGGAGAACCUUUGUCACAACAGGCUCACAGCAAGGCCUGUUCUUCACUCACACUAUCGCUCAGCAGAGAUUCAGGGCUGGGGAGCAACGAGUCUCAUUGGGCAAAGACGGAAAGGGAAGCAGCUUUCUCCCCCUCUCGCCCAUCACCGGGAAAGAGCCAAGACGAGAAAAAAGGUCGGAUUUGACUUUUUGUUCUUCAUUUUGGAGAUGGAGAGGAUGCAGGGAGAGGGAGAGGUGGACCACCUGGAGAGACCAAGCCCGCUGACUGACAAGGAUAAGGUGAACAUCCAGGACUCCUGGGCAAAAGUCUACCAGAACUGCGAUGAUGUUGGAGUGGCCAUACUUAUCAGGCUGUUUGUUAGCUACCCCUCAUCCAAGCAAUACUUCAGCAAGUUUAAGAACAUGACGGAACUGGAGGAACUGGAAAAGAGCGCCCAGCUGAGGAACCACGCCCGCAGAGUCAUGAACAGUAUCAAUACGCUGGUGGAGAACCUGGAGAACCCAGACAAGCUGGCCUCAGUGCUGAAGCUACUUGGCAAAGCGCAUGCGCUUCGACACAAAGUGGAGCCUGUGUACUUCAAGUUCCUCAGUGGCGUUAUCCUGGAAGUUUUGGCGGAAGAGUACUCAGACGUGAUGACAGCAGAGGUGGCGGGAGCCUGGACUAAACUCUUGGCUACAAUCUACACCAGUAUCACAACCACCUACAAGGAAGUGGGUUGGACGACGCUCUCCAGCUCAACCGGGUGAAGGUUGAAGCGGGUUUAUCGAAUGGUGCGCAUCUCUAGACCUCUGACCGUGUGUCCUCACGGAAGACCGUCUUAGCUUUGAAAUGAUGUAUCUUCACAGAACCUGUAUCUCAGAAAUACCGUGUCAUUUUGUCUAUGGGCAGCUAUGGAAUAUAGUACAUAGGAUACACUGCAUAGGGCGCGCACGUGAGCUAAACCGAUAUGGAGCAAUUCUGUUAUCUUUCGCUGCUAUGCCGUAGCUAUGUUCAUGAGUCUGGAUUAGACUAGAAGUCGUCAAAGAAACUGGAAUCUCAAUUUUUGGGAGCCAACCCAGGUAAAGAGUGGAAGUUUGGAAAGUGUAACAAAGGACAAGAGGACACAUUUGACACAUGGAAUGUGCCUUGUAAUGAAUGUGUACAGUACAAACCUGAAAACGGCCAUGUAAAUUUCCCAUGAUGCUUCGUUCAAGUCUGUCUUCCCUAUUGGACACAUUUUUACAUUUUUAACAGUAACGACAGUAGAUUUUCUCAUCAUGAUGCACCUUUGGAUCCAUAUUUACCAAUGUUUUGAAAUAAAAAAAAAAUGAAAAAGCCAUGUGACUCGAUGAUAUGCGAUACUGGUGUGCGGCAGUUGUUCCUGCAUUUGUUCAUGCAUGUUUUUGUAAUGUGAGAGGAAGCCGGAAUAUUUGGAGAAAACCCAACACAUGUUGAGUCUUAAUAAUAAACACAUCCAUCGUCGAAAUCCAGAGCUGAGAUUCAAACCCCGCAGCUCAGAAAUGUGAGGCAUACACGCUAACCGGUCAGCUGACAUUCUGAUAACGAAUCUCAUGAUGGUUGUUUUUGGGACGGAGCCCCACAGCAGGCUCUGUUUGCCUGCUCGUCAUGCCAGCCAGAUCUCACCCCUCCUUGAUCCCAGCUAAUCCUCUGAGCUAAUCUUGACGAUCGAGAGUCACAGCCAAGAGGGAAGACAGGAAUAGUCUGAUUGUUGCACCACAAACGUUUGCCUUUUCAUUUCGAGGCUUUCAAUGGGAGCGGAGGUCUCACCGCUCUAAUCGCAAGGAGAUCCUUGGGGAAGGAUCAUGUGCACCACAAUGAUGGUCCUCACCAGCAUCGGUCUCAUCCUGCGGCAUAGAUUCUCCAGUAAAAUCAACCCGCAGAAGGAGGAAGAGGUGCCAUAUGUGAAGAGCGACGAAGCUGCAGACAAUCAUAAAUGACGGUCUGCACAUGGCGGCUCAUGCCAAGAUUCCAACCAGGAGUGAAGAAACAACAAGGUGGGGGUGGGUGGGUGGGCUUUGAGUCUGUUCUGUCCUGCACAUGCUCCCCAUUAUGCGACAGGAAACUGAGGCAAAGGGUAUUUGGGCUGAAUUCCAGUUUGAAGAUAACAUAUUCUCUGUUUUCAUGCCAGUUGAAGCUGGAUAGAUUUAUCCAAUGACCCUGAAUUGUUUGAUUUAGUUUUGCAUCACCGCAUUAAAAUGUUUAUGGGCAGAGCUCUGUCUGAUACUAGUAAUGUGCCUCCUUGUAAAUAACUAAAUAAAUAAAUGGAUGAAACAGACAUUA